UUGACAGCUGCUCGGGGAAGGACGCUGAGGAAGCGAAUCUAUGAAGUAUAUUAUUAUUAUUAUUAUUAGAUUAUCUGUAUUAUUUCGUUAGAAUGACGCAAGUGAAGCUGUGAAGAUUACACUGACGUUAAGAAAAACAUCCUUUUGCAUUGAGUCUGACCACAUUCAGCCCAGGAACUGAGUGGAGUCUGUCAUCAUUAAAGGAUCAGGGCAGUAGGACAGAGGAGGCUGCUAUAGUACGGAUACCGAGAUAUGGAGACUUUAAUCCCCAUCAUUAACCGUCUGCAGGAGGUCUUCCUCACCGUCGGAGCUGAGAUCAUCCAGCUCCCUCAGAUCGUCGUAGUUGGCUCACAGAGCAGUGGAAAGAGCUCUGUGCUGGAAAGUCUGGUUGGACGAGAUUUUUUACCUCGCGGGUCAGGAAUAGUCACAAGGCGCCCUCUAGUGCUGCAGCUGGUGAACGUCCCACCGUUAGACCAGCGGCGUAAACAGGAGAACGAAAACGGGACCAAAGCAAACUCUAAGUGCAACUUCCCAGGAAUCAAAGCUGAGGAAUGGGGAACCUUCCUUCACUGCAAACACCAGAUUUUGACAGAUUUCACCGAAAUCCGGAAAGAAAUCGAGGAGGAGACCGAACGCACCACUAACAACAAGGGUAUCAGUUCAGAGCCCAUCCACCUGAAGAUAUUCUCCCCCAACGUUCUGAACCUCACCUUGGUCGACUUGCCUGGAAUCACCAAGGUCCCUGUAGGUGACCAGCCCGAAGAUAUCGAGACUCAGAUUCAGGAGAUGAUCCUGUCCUUCAUCUCCAACCCGAACUCUCUUAUUCUGUGUGUGUCUCCGGCAAACUCGGACCUGGCCACUUCGGACGCGCUAAAACUGGCCCGAGAGGUCGACCCUGAUGGUCGGAGGACUCUGCUGGUUGUGAGUAAACUCGAUCUGAUGGACGCUGGGACAGAUGCGCUGGAGGUUCUGCUUGGCCGCAUCAUUCCCAUCAGGCUCGGCAUCAUCGGGGUGAUCAACAGGAGCCAGCACGACUUGAACACUCGGAAAAGCGUAGCAGACGCGUGGCGUGACGAGCAGGCGUUCCUGCAGCGCCACUACCCGUCUUUAGCGUCCCGCUGCGGCUCACGCUACCUGGCACGCACGCUGAGCCGUCUGCUCAUGCACCACAUCCGCGACUGCCUGCCCGAGCUGAAGGCACGCGUGACGACGUUGAGCGCCCAGUUCCAGGCCCGGCUGAGCAGCUACGGGCAACCCGUGGAAGACCAAAGCGCCACCCUGCUGCAGAUCGUCACCAAGUUUGCCACGGACUACUGCAACACCAUCGAGGGCACGGCUCGACACAUCCAGACCUCCGAGCUAUGCGGCGGUGCUCGGAUCUGUUAUAUAUUCCACGAGACGUUCGGCCGUACCCUUCAGUCCAUCGACCCGCUGGGAGGACUCGCCGAGCUGGACAUUCUCACGGCCAUCCGAAAUGCCACGGGUCCUCGGCCAGCGCUGUUCGUUCCUGAAGUGAGCUUUGAGCUGCUAGUGAAGAAGCAGAUCAAGAGACUGGAGGAGCCGAGUCUGCGCUGCGUGGAACUCGUCCAUGAGGAACUGCAGAGGAUCAUCCAGCACUGCUCGUCUUACAGUACGCAGGAACUCUUGCGCUUUCCAAAACUGCAUGACUCAAUAGUGGAGGUGGUAACUGGUUUACUCCGAAAACGUCUUCCAAUAACCAACGAAAUGGUCCAUAAUCUAGUAGCAAUAGAACUUGCGUACAUCAACACUAAGCACCCAGACUUCACAGAUGCCGCACAAGUGUCUGCUUCAGUCAACAGCCAACAGACUGAGUCACUGGACGGAGGAAAGCGUUGGAAGAAUGAUAAGAUGCCGUCGGAGGAAAAAGGGUCAGCUCCUGGAAUUGGAAGUCCUGCCAAAGCGGUCAACCUCCUGGACACGGCAGUGCCGGUCUCUCGAAAGCUGAGCACACGUGAGCAGAGGGACUGCGAGGUCAUCCAGCGCCUCAUCAAGUGCUACUUCCUCAUCGUACGCAAGAACAUCCAGGACAGUGUGCCCAAAGCGGUGAUGCACUUCCUGGUGAACUUUGUGAAGGAGCGUCUGCAGAGCGAGCUUGUGGGUCAGCUAUACAAGCAGCCUCUGUUGCAGGAGCUACUCAUCGAGUCUCAGGAAACGGCACAGCAGCGCACCGAGGUCGCCCACAUGCUGGAGGCUCUCCAGAAGGCUAACAACAUAAUCUCGGAGAUCCGAGAAACAAAUCUGUGGUAGCCAAAAAAGACACGUCGACGAGUGUGUGUGUUUACAUGUACGUGUGUGUGUAUGUUUCAUUACCACGUCAGACAGAUAUUUAAACGAUUCUCAGAGCACAUGCAUCAAACGUACGUAUAACAACACAAUCUUUCAGGUUCUUUAUUUGUGAGUGAGUGAGUGAGUGAGUGAGUGAAAGAAAAGUAAAGAAAAAGAAAAGAGACACUGAGCCAGAGAACUUAUUCAUCUUUACUAUAGGUCAGUACAACAAUACGCCUACUUAUUUCCCCCUGAAUUAAGAGGCACUCUCUAAAUGCACCGAGCUUUAAGAGAAGCACUUGGGCGCUUUCUGACGUCCUCCAAAAGACAAUUACGAACGCAAACUUCAAUUGUUUUCCUGCUCUCAGUAAACACCAUGGCAGCUACAACUGCACUCAAAAGGUUCGUAGUGGACCAACACAUCACGACGAACACCUAUUAAUCCUGCUUUUUAUUUCCUUUCGCUUUUAUGAGCACUGAAAUGUAAUUUUAUUGCUAAUUUACUGCACCUGAAAAACUGCACCAGGUGCAAUUACUACUGAAUUCAUUGACCUUUUUUUCUGCACAGGGAAAAAUAAAAGAAUAACUGAAACGUCUGAAAUCUGAAAACUCAUCUGCGGUAGUCAAACAUGCACUAGACAUGUUGUUGGUACAGAUGAGAUUAAGGGGCUUUUUACACCUGGUGACUUCAUGUGUUUUCUGUGAUCAGAUAGCUAUCUGAUGGUAAAAAGACCAGGUCUAAAUGCCCUCUGAAACGUUUUCGAGACGGAUAUAAAUCCGAUGGUUCAAACCACUUCAGGAGGUGGUCUGGGACGCGUUUCAGAUGAAACUGGACACGUGUAAAUGAAUAUGGUUGUUUAAGCCACAUACGUCAGCGCUAUACUCCUCCCAAACAGAAGUACGUCACUCGCAGGUGAUCUUUCACCCAGGUGUCUCGUCGGGUCCUAAAACGCGCUGCUGCCGUCAGCGAAAAUGCAGCAAACAGUAAAUGCUGUUUUUUGUAGCAUAAACGUCAUAAGUUUUUCCAUCUUAUUUUUGAUUGCAUUCUGAAAACCGCAUACACCAAAGCGUGUUCCAUUUCAAUUCCCCCUGAAAUGAGGUCAAAUAUAUUUGCAUAUUGGGCGGGAGUAGAAAGAUCGGAUCGAUAUCCGAUUCGCCGAUACGCAUUUAUGUGGCCUGAUGUAAAUGGAACAGUUUUAACAAAUCAGAUAGCUAUCGGAUCAGACACAACACACAAAGUGACCAGGUGUAAAAGGCCCUGAGACACUGGAGCAUUCCUUUAAUCAGAGUUUAAAUCUCUAGUUAAAGACUUCGAAAGUAAGGAAUAAAACACAUCAGGAUGCAUCUGAAACAGAAUUUAUUCCUCUCGCACCACAGUUUGCUCAUUACAAUUUUUCAUUUAUUAUUAAACUACAUGUCAUCGUUUUUUAUCCAUUUCAAUUCACAAACCGUUCUCACUUAUGCUACAGCAGCUAGAAACUAAUCUUUCUCUCACCAGCAAAUUCAAACCACAGUCUACUGCCAACUUAAAGGCUUUCCCAUGACACGAAAACGACCGUCUCACACUGGAGACUCCGUCAAUUAAUGCUAAAUAGAGAAGGUCAAAAUAUCGUGUGGCGAUUACACCGUUUUCUUUGUUACAUAACAGAAAUGGGUUCAGUAAUCUGUGUGUGGUAUGAUUAUGACUCGCAGAUCCGAAUAGAGAUGGAAAAUAUCCAGAAUUUCCACAAUUUGUGUUUGUUUUUUUUUUGUUUUUUGUUGCCAAAAUAUGAUUGAUUUUAUUAAUUAUUUUUAUAUAUUUUUUUUAUAUAUUAUUAUAUUUUUUUUAUAUUAAAAUCAUCUAAUGUCACACAUCAAAUCUGUAUAGAAUUUAUUUUAUUUAUUUAUUUUUUGUGAUCGCUAAAUCUCGUAAUCGCGGAUAGAACGAUUAAUCCUUUAAUAGCAAAUUAGAAUAUUUAGUUACAACGCAUUAUUAUUUUGAAAGUGCAGUAUACGUGAUAGUUUAGUGUCAUUAAUAUGGACGCGAAGGAAUUUUUCGAGUUUGUGUCCAGGUUCCUUGUGUAUUUACUGAAUAAGGAAGUAAGACUUAGCGGUGAUGACGACUACUGUGGAAAAAAGUAUUGGUGCUGUAAUUUAACUUGAAGAAAUGUCCUUAUAUAUUUUGUUUUUAGAUUAUAACCAAGAACAAAUAAAGAGCUUAAUGAACAAAGCAACCAAGUUUCAUGUGUUAAAAAAAAACAGCGGUUGACUUAAAACAGGCAGCCGAAAAAACGCGUCCGAACGGAGGGACGUGAUUAAAUACGAGGCCUGAGUGAAGCUGACUAAUUCACUCCACUGUGCUCAGAGAUUUGAUGUGUGUUAAUGAUUAAUGACUGAACGCAGGUUUGUGAGGACGGAGUUCACACUGAACCCAUUCCCUUUGGGUUUUGUGUUAGUGAUGUCUUUGUUUAGCUGUUGAACAAACAUUCGUUAUCAGACCGAUCAGCAUUAAGGUUGCUUUCACACCUGGUGGUAUUUUUUGCUAGUUUUUUUAUUUUUUUUAUUUUUCCAGAAAACUGAGGACCAGCACUCACAUGACCAAAAUCCUAGAUAGUGUCAGAUGUCUGACCCGCCUAGCUUGCAUUUUAUUAUGUUGUGUUUUGUUGUUAUGUUGAGUUUUUUGUGCUUUUUUUGCUAAAUUCCUUGAAAUUGUAGAAUUCCAAGCAGAGGAUGCUUUUUUAAAACUCCUCCCACUUCCACACAUGUGAACCGAAUAGGGCUUUGGCUGAGUGUGUGUCGAGAUGCCGUCAAAUGACACGUCUCGAUCCAAAUCUGCUGAAAAUUCGCGAUCAUCUUUAUCGGCGGUUUAUUUCUGUGAUCAUGAAAUCCUGGAGGGACUGAUCGUUAAUACGGAGAUAAAAAGGACUGAUAACUACCUUUCAGUUUUUACAUAUUCUGUCUAAAAUUAAAUAUCAAAAUUGGUAUAUUCAGACAUGUAAAAACAUCAAACAUCAAAUCACUUUUUACAUUUUUAGUAUUUACAUUACAUUUAGCAGACACUCUUAUCCAGAGUGACUUAGAUUCUUUUAUUUCAGUUUAUACGCCUGAGCAAUUGAGGGUUAAGGGCCUUGCUCAGGGGCCCUGCAGUAGCAACUUGGGGGACCUGGGAUUCGAACCAAUGACCUUCCAAUCAGUAGUCAAACACCUUAAACACUGAGCUACCACAUCCCUACAGAUGCUCUUAUCCAGAGCGACUGACGUUUAUCUAAAUUAUAUAGCUGACAACUGAGGGUUACGUGCCCUGCUCAGGGACCCAGCAGUGGCAGCUUGGUGGACCUGGGGUUCGAACUAGCAACCUUCUGAUCACUACUCCAACACUGUAAUCACUUAGCUAGACUUCCCCCAUUUUUGCCCAUGCUGUCUGGGCCUGAAAUAAAAAAAUAUCAGACACAAAGGCACAGAUAAACCCCAUGACAGACUUUUGCCCAAAUCUGCGAUAAAAUUGCGCUAGUAAAACUGAAGGAACUGAAUUAUUAUCAGGAAUAAUGUGAAUUUGAGCUGCUUGUGUGACUUGACUGUAUUCGGUCACAGCCGCAUAAAGAGUGAUGUUACAUCACAUACUGGGGUAAAACUUGUUAGUUUGAGUUACAUUGGAAUUUUAGAAACAAAAUAUUUCCAAUUCAGCAUGUCUUAAAAUAAAUCCUAUAAAGAUACUUUCCCGAAGAAGACAAACUUGUUCGACCACCAUCUUAGGAUACAAAUCACUUUUCUGGGGGGGAAAAAAAACCUGCCUUGCAGCCGCAUCGCCAGUAAACAAACAUAAAUAUUAGUAGAUAUAAAUAAAACAUGGUCUUCUGGUUGAGAACUUUUGACAAACGCAUUUUAUGAAAGUAGCCUAAAGCCCUGUUCAUUGGUAUAUGGAUAUUUUUGCAAACGAUAUUUUUUUUAAAGCAGCUCCAAAGGCGGAGACUCCAUUUUGAAGGUCUUGAGGUGUUUCUGACGGGUUUGUGUUUAAUAUUUUGUUGAAUCCACUGCUCCGGUGCUGCUACCGCACCAUGAAUGUAGAUUUUAGGCGAAAAAUCUACGCCUAAUCUUAGUUUUUUAAGUGAAUCGUCAAUCCUGAAUCCAUAUGACUCGUCAGUUUUUAUUUUUGGUCUUGUGUUUUUCUAGGUUUGGCUCAAAACGCGGCUCUUGCCGUUAAUCGCGAGGCAUUUGACGUAACAUUGUCUUGCUUUUUGUGUAUCGCUGUUUAUGUAGGGGUGAAAUUUAUUAUUUUUAUUUUUUAAAUUGAAAAUAUCUGUGUACAUACAUAUAUAUAUGAGCAGGGGCCAUGAGCAUGAUGGUUUAAUAAACCGGUGGUGUUGUGUAUCAUGUCUUGUCUCUAUAAGCUUUUCCGUCCUGCAUGAGGUUUAGUUUUGUCGACUUGAGAAUAGUCUCGCACCCCGAAGGCUGUUGUACAAUAAAACUCGCAAACGCCGUGCGCUGUCUGCUUCUGUCGGUAGUACAGCCGAUGCAUCUCGAGACGAAUUUAUAUUCACUCGUAGAUGCCGCACAGCUCCAAGCUGCCGAAAGCCACUCGCAGAAAUCCACGUUGUGCGAAGGUCAGCGUAAAAUCUAUCGAUCUGUGAAAUUGAAACGUAAGCAAGACAAAGAGUCAACUCUAUUCCCUGGAAAUCCAGAGAGAGCUCGCGUUCCGUGAACCCUCGCUCUUCCUCAAACUUCAGAGGAUAAACUCUAUUUUAUUCGCACUCGGAAUGUCGAGAGGCCGGCACGACCUUGUUGAAGUGCUGGAGUGUGAUGGAUGGGAAAGAGGUGUCGAGUUGGUGAAUUUUAAUCACCUCUGGAGCGAACUCAGCACUGAUGAGCUUAUCGCUUAACACGGCGAGCAGCGUAACUGCCACUUCUCCACGUCUCCGCUCUCUCUCUCUUUCUCUCUCUCUCUCUGCGUCCUAUCUGCAGCUCUUCCUGGUUCUUCAUCAUCUUUUGUAGAUAUGUAUUUGUUUUAGCAACAGCUGGGAGCUGAAAUUCCUUUUCCGAUGAUGCAACUCGACGUAAUGUUUUUGUAUGGAUGAAGGUGUGUGUGUGUGUGUGUGUGUGUGUGUGUGAUUUUUAAAAAUAAUUCUAAGAAACAUAUCAUCCGUGAGCUCUUGCCUGCCAUUAUGAUUUGUCAUACAUGCUUGUGUACCGAUGUCUGUUUGUAUGUCAUUAAAACCGAAUACGAGGUUA